AUGUGUCGAUUCUUGAUCUAUAAAGGGCGAAAUGAGAUCCGUCUCAGCAAACUCAUUACUGAGCCGAGCCAUUCAAUUCUUACACAAUCCUACGAUUCACGUCUGAGACUGGACAAUCGUCGUCCAGUGAACGGCGAUGGAUUUGGCGUGGGCUUCUACACAGAUCCCAAAUUGGGACCAGAGCCUUGCAUCUUUACUUCGACCCUUCCCGCUUGGAAUUGUGAGAAUCUAGAGCGACUCGCUGCGAAGACAUGUUCAGAUUUGAUUUUUGCUCAUGUGCGUGCAACAACCGAGGGCGCUCUUGCCGAAAAUAACUGCCACCCAUUUCAACACCAGUCCCUGAUGUGGAUGCACAAUGGCGGUAUCGGCGGAUGGAGCUAUAUCAAGCGUACGCUGGGAAGCUCACUCGCCGACAAGUGGUACCUGGGUGUGAAGGGUGGCACUGAUAGUGAAUGGGCAUUUGCUCUAUUCCUUGAUCUUCUUGAAAAGGAAGGCGUAGAUCCAAGCUCUGAUCCCGGUCCCGAGGGCUUUGGACAAGCUCUUCUACGUCGUGUUUUGAUGAAAACAAUUGCUCGAAUCAAUGAGAUGGUUCGGGAGAUUCCCGAAAAGUACAAUGUCACCGGAGUUGAGACACGCAGUCUGUUGAACUUCGCCGUGACAGAUGGCCACACCGUUGUGUGCACUCGGUAUAUCAGUAGUAAAACAGACGAGCCUGCCAGCUUGUAUUUUUCUUCUGGCACCAAGUGGAAGGAAGGUGAAACGCAGGGACACUUCAAGAUGGAGCGACAUGAUAAAGGUGCUGAUAUCGUCCUUGUGGCCAGCGAGCCUAUCACCUUUGAGCGACACAAUUGGGUGUCAGUUCCAACCAACUCAGUCGUCACCAUUCACAAGCAAACCGUGAUGCUUCACCCAAUCCUUGAUGAAUUCUAUGGCGAGAACCUCACUCACGACCGCUCCUCCUGCUUUGCUGUGUCCAAGGGUCUGGUUAGUAAUGCCCCAGGCACAACUAUCUCACCUCAGAAUUCAAAGGAGCCUUGCGCACCAUGCACGCCUUCGACAACGAGCAAUGCCAUUGGAAAUACCAAUAGCGGCAUGGAAAGCCUACGCUCCGGCCACGCUAUCGAAUGUGCUGUAUCACACUAA